AAGGUCAUUGUUGUUUUGUAGACUUUCUUUUAUCUUUGGCAGUCUGUCUUGCCAUUCCACCUGAGUUUUGUGUAGUCUCUAUUUGUUUCUCCUCCAAAUGGAAUUUUCCUUUCAAUAGUGCACGGACACACACUCAGGUGAUUUCCGCAUGAAUGACUAUGGGAGGAGGGUGGUCAAAGUUCCAGGUCCAAAGUCAACAAACAGCCACAGUCUUAAGAUGAAGGAUCCUAUCAGCACCUGCUCUUACAACGAACUUUAUCAAAAUGUGAAACGAUAUUCAAAAUCUGGGGAGUACUUCUGCAAAGAACUCAUGACAGUGUUUCAGCAAAGGGCUGAGCUGGAACUUACAUACGCCAAAGGACUACAAAAACUUGCAGGCAAGCUCAUAAGGACCUCCAAAGAAAUGUCAAAGAAUUCCACCUACAGUGCCUGGUGUCAUGUGUCAGAUGAGAUGUACUCAAGAGCAGACGCCCACAGAUCAUUAGGAAAUGUAUUUCAGCAGGAAGCAAUCCUGGAAAUACGACAAGUCCUCGACGAGCACAAUAAGAGGAAGAGGCCUCUUGACAACGCCAUUGACAGAAAUGGGAAACUUGUUACUGCUAAUUGGAGUGAGCAACUCAAGAUGAAGAAGAAAUUGGUUGGACUAACAAGAGAACAUGAGGCUCUGUUCAACUUUGUCGAGAACAACAAACACAUUUGCACUGAAAAAGAAAAGCAAAAGAUGCUGAACAGGCUGACUAAGUCAGCAGAGAUGCAGGCGCGGGUAGAUGAAGAGUACUUCAACAUCAACAUGGAGGGUCAUCAAAUGAGACUCAAGUGGGAAAACACGCUAAAAAACUGCUACCAGAUCAUACAGGAGCUGGAGAAACAGCGAAUUGAAGUCCUCUGCGACAUUUUGAACAGAUACAACCUCAACAUGUCCAGCUUUGGGCAGACCCUCAAUCACGGACAAAGACAGAUCGAACAGGCAGUCCAAAGGGUGGACAUGGACAAAGACAUACAAACCCUGUUGGAGGAAAAUAACAUCACAGAUGUGGACAGCAAAGCAGAGUUUUUAGUGGCUGAUUACUUUGAAGAGGACAGAAAAUCCCUGAUGGGCAAAAACAGAAGAAUGGAGGCCAUCAAACUCAAACUCCAGCGCCUGGAGGACACUAUCAGAAAAACACAGAAAGACCGUGAAGGAAUUGAAAAACUGAUCAAAACAUACACUGAAAAUCCAUCUUUUUCAAACCAAAAGAACCUGGAGGACACAGAGCAGCAGCUGGACGAGAGUACUCUAAAACUGGAUCUCCUGGAGGCCACACACUACAAACUCUCUUUAUCACUGUGUGAUUUAGAAGGGAAGCCCAGGUCCUUCCACCGAUUUAAAGACAGCAUAAUGAAAUGGAAAGAUAAGGACUGUGAGCACAGCGUUGUUCAACUGUCUCGCCCGGUCAAACUCAGGAGGACGCCGCUCAGAUCCAGACAGUCGCUGAGAGCUUCAAUCAUUUACAAAGGACCCGCUCAGUUUGUGACACAACAGUCAGCGGAAGCCUUACCAAGUGCCACUGUGCAAGUCACUUCUACGACACAUGAAGCAGCAGCUGUGGAGUGUGACAGCACUGUUAACGGAGACCUUCCCCACACUCAUGACAAAGAACAAGGUCAAACACCACCAGAGAUGGUGAGUUUAGGAAAAUGCAAGGCCCUGUACGAUUUCACACCUGAACAUGACGAUGAAUUGGUGUUAAAAGAAGGAGAUCUACUAGACAUUUAUGGAAAGGAAGAGAAUGGCUGGUGGUUUGGCAAACUAAAUGGGGAGACGGGACAUUUCCCAUCGACGUAUGUUGAAGAGCUGCCUUUAUUGAGCAGCAUCAAAUCCUCUGACGCCUGAUCGAGUCAUCAACUACGAAAAUAUCUAAUCAUCCAGGAUCAAAAGCACCAGCUUCUGCAGCAAAACUUCCUUGGAAUCAACUUAAACAGAAGAAAUACUCGUGUUUCACUGAUAAAUUACAUGUAUUACACAUCCAUCUGCCCACAUACUGGAUUAAAUCACUGCACAUGCUUAAGUUA